GGGAUGGUUAAGUAAGUGUGGGGCUUAGAACAGAACAGUCGCGAGUUCUUACUACAAGAGUUGAUACUGCUUCUUACUGUGUGAUAUAAUAUACGUGAUAAGUUUGAUUUUUAAGAAAGAGAUGUGGUCAGUGAGCGCCUUAUUAUGUCUGGUAAUUGCUGGCUGUGUGAAUUCAGAGAACAGCACCCUCAUAGAUGAAGAUGUAUGCGAGGUCGAAGGUCCCUUUAGCCUGCUGCUGGAGGAAUGGGCCACUUCGGAGCCGGCAACCCAGAGACAAGGUCGUGUGAUGGCUUUGCCGCCGACAAAAGGCUACUACGUCACAGAAAGAAUUGAUGUACCCCUAGUGCCCCCUCCACUACCACCUGGCCCACAAACACACCACAGUUCUGGAAGACCAAUACCCCUUCAACCUAAUUUACCGUACAACAGUGCACCCCCACAGGUGUACAAAGGACCCCACGGUUACAAAGAGUGGGACACUUCGCCGCCGGCUAAUGGAAAAAUUGUCAAUAAGCCGCCUUAUAAAGACAAAUUUAGACCGAGCUAUGCACCACCGUCUCCUCCAAGACCGCAACAGCCCAAUUCUAUAGACCGAGUAGACGACCCACCACGCAAGCAAGUCACAGAAACAGAUUUGUUCUUGCUAAGCGCCAUUGAAAAGCUAGUGUACCGUGCAGACCUUAUGGAGAAACGCUUGAGGAAACUUGAAGAAACUUUGCACUAUAUUGUCGCUGGAAAUGACCCUAAGCCAGAACCCUGCGCCGGUAACUACAGUCGUGUAGGCGGAGUCUGUUAUGAAUGGUCAUCUGAGCCUGCAGACUGGAAAGGCGCCAGCAUCGCCUGUCGAAAACAAAAAGCGGCCUUGCUGGAACUGCAAAAUGACGCUGAUAAAAGGCAGCUUCUGUCCAAACUACUCAGCGAUAAGCAAUUCAAGGGCAAAGACUUCUGGACGGGUGGACUAAACCCAGGCUUACUUUGGAUCUGGUCACACUCAGCUAAGCCAGUCGAAGCUUCCAAUUCUACCAGUAUCGUUGGCGAAGGCCGCUGUCUGGCGCUCGUGUAUGACCCGGCGAUUAACAACUACGUAUAUCGUGGUCAGGACUGCGCGCUCAAACAUCGCUACAUAUGCCAAAAGGAAGAAGAUAAAACCAAGCUGAGCAAUGAAGUGCAACGAGUCGCGAGGGAACUUCACGUAAAUAGAACAAGAAAGUCUAAACUGCUUUGGGAUGAAUCGAUGUAAAGUUCUUUACUGUGACAAUCAAUUUCAAAAGAAUUUACGUACAGCGAACUAAAUCGAUCGAAUGUUUUACUUAUUUUAUAUUGAAGAAAGAUUAUGUGAAACAAUAAUUAAAAUUGUAUUAUGCGAUAUCUAUUUCAUGUUUAGGUAUUUUCUAAAUUCCAUCGAAAUGAAGUAUGAAAUUUACUGUAUUUAUUAUAUAAUUGCUACUAAUCUGGAAGUUAUUCUGUCUCGACAUACGAAUUAAAAUAUGGACCUAUAUUCGUAUGUCAAGACAAAUUUGAAAAAUGGUUUGAUAUCUCUUACCUGGAUAUAAGUAUAUUUUACCGAUUUCAAGUUAUUUAUUAAGAAAUUAGACAUUUCUAAUCAAGUCCAAUCGGUGGUAACCUGUUUCACUAAAUCUUAAAUUAAUUUUCGUUAAGAAGAAUUGGUUAAUUAUCGGAUUAUAUGUAAGACUGAAGUAUUAUUUAUAUUACUUUUUUAUUUAUUAUAGAAAGUAAUAAAUGUGUUAU